GUGAGUGAUCUUGUAUGUACAUCUAUAAGCGAUAUAAGAUCUCGGGAGCAUGUAGUAGUUCGUAUUGGUAACCGGAAUCGAAUUCAACUCAACUUUCAUCCAUAAAAAAAAAAAAUAGAUUUCUUCCAAUUGUUAGGGUUUUGGGUUUGGUAGUGUUUUAUGCCCCAUGAACCCCAAUGUGGUUCCUGAUUUCAUCACCUCAAACUCCUCUUCACCUCAAUGAUCACCUUCACCAGACGAAUUCACCAUCAUCUCCACCCCACUGCAUCACCACAAGGACAAUGGCUCCGCCGCACGUUCUGCCUGUGGUCAUCAAAGAAGGACCCAGACCUGGAAACGGCACUCUCACGCAACCGGCGGUGGGUGGUGAACAACCAGAUCAAGAACAUCAUCCUCCGCUACCCUAACAACGAGAUCCCCAUUGAAGCCCUCCAGAAGAAGUUCAAAACCCUCGAUCUUCAAGGCAAAGCCCUCAACUGGGUUUCCAAGUACCCUUGCUGCUUCGACGUCCACCAACGCCGUUGCCGCCUCACCAAACGCAUGAUGAGCCUCGUCGACGAGGAAUUGUCCCUCAAGGACUCCCUCGAACCGGUUUUCGUUCGCCGAUUGGCCAAGCUCUUGAUGAUGUCUUUCAACAAGAGGCUCAAUGUUCUCAAAAUCAAUGAAUUCAAGCGUAAUUUCGGGUUCCCGGAUGAUUACUUGAUUAGGAUCGUGCCGAAGUAUCCUGAUUUGUUCCGAAUUGUGAGUGAGAGUGGGAGGAGGAGUUCCAUGGAGGUUGAGUUGUUGCAUUGGGACCCUGAUUUCGCGGUUUCCGCGGUUGAGGGUUUGGCGCGGAAGAAUGGCGAUGGCGCGGAGCUGGGAUUUUCGUGUUUGUUGCCUUUGAGCUGGGUGAAAUCGUGGGAGAGGUUUCACAAAUUCGAAUCGGUUCCUUAUGUUUCGCCUUACUCGGAUCCGAGAGGCUUGGUGGAGGGUUCGAAGGAGAUGGAGAAGAGGAAUGUGGGUUUGGUGCAUGAGUUGUUGUCAUUGACUCUUUGGAAGAAGUGCUCAAUUGUGAAGCUUGGUCAUUUUAGGAGGGAGUUUCUUUUGCCUGAUAGGUUGAAUGUGUUGUUGCUCAAGCACCCUGGGAUAUUCUAUGUUUCCAAUAAGUAUAAGAUUUACACUGUUCUGCUUAGAGAGGCUUAUGUCGGGUCGCAACUCGUGGAGAAGGAUCCUUUGGUGGUUGUGAAGGAGAAAUUUGGGGAACUGAUGCAGGAGGGACUUCAUGAGUAUAAUCAAAGGCGGCGCAUCCGCAAUCUGGAAAAGAGGAGGACGAAAGGUGUUCCCUUUGCUAGAGCGGAUGAAACGAAGGGUGGAAGGAGGAGAAGCCGUGAAAAUUCUGAUGAUGAUGAUGACGAAAAUAGUCGCGUGAGAGGGUUGCUUGACCCGGAAGAGAGAAAACGGUUUUAUAAAGCUCUCUUUGAUGAUGAUGAUUCAUGAAGUUUUGCAUAGGUGUUUAGAUUGUGUAUUUGAUUUGGAAAACAAUCUAUUCACCACUUAAAUCCACCUCCACCUUGUGAGAAGAAGGAAUACAAGUGAGAGAUAUGAUCAGAAGAUAAAGUGGGUGAAAAUAGGAUGGAGAUUGGAGAGAAAGUUGGGUCUGGGAGGUAUCAAAGUUGAUUUGAUUUACAUAAUCUAGAUAUCAAACUGCACUGCCCUUGUUUUGAAAAGAUGAUUCCAUACAUACAGCAUUCCUAAAAAAUGAAUGAGGCUCGUCUAAUGAAAGUGUUAGUCAGGCAGAUUAAUCUGGAGACUUUUAUUCUCCUGGUGCUUUAAGCCCUCGAUUUGUUCUGAUGUCUCUGUUUGAGGUUUGGAGACGCCAGGAGCGGAUUAAUUGAAGCAAUUCAAGAUUAAUGUCUUUGAAGGCAGGAUUGAUUUUGGUGGAAGAAUGUUUCUGAAUGGAGAAGUUAGAUUUCUUGCUCUGUUAGAAUCCCUGAGUUUCUGGAAGAUUGGUCAAUGUCUGAAUUGAUUAUGAAGCAAGGGAAUCGCACAAGUGGUGGCUUCAUCAGUGUUCCAUGAAGUCUUCACAUAACUGUAUGUCAAACUUCCACCAGCAAAUUUAGUAUGAGUCUGGUAAAUUAAAUUUCGCCAGGACUAAAUAAAAAACAAUGAUUCAAGUUUAGUUAUGUAUUUUCUUUUUAUGUUUUAUUAUGCCUCACAAAAGCAUAUUUUAGGGACGAGCUUGGGGGAGGUGGAAAAUGGUAGAGAUAAAUUUGGUGAUUUACUUCUGAAAAGGGUAUUUGAUUGAAGAUUAUAAAAAUAUUUUAUGAUUUACUUGAAAGUUCAUUAGUUUUUCAA